AUGGCUUCCAGGUUAGAGGAAGAUAUCUGUUGUUCUGUCUGUCAUGAAGUCUUUAAGGAUCCUGUCAUCCUGUCAUGUAGCCACAGCUUCUGUAGAGGCUGUCUGCAGAGCUGGUGGACAGAGAAACCAACAAGGGAGUGCCCAGUUUGUAAGAAAAGACAUUCACUGGUUAUUAUUCCUCCUAACUUGGCGUUAAGGAACCUGUGUGAGAGUUUCUUACAGGAGAGAGAUCAGAGAGCUUCAGAGGCUCUCUGCAGUCUGCACUCUGAGAAACUCAAACUCUUCUGUCUGGACCAUCAGCAGCCAGUGUGUCUCGUCUGCAGAGAUUCAGAAAAACACACCAACCACAGAUUUAAACCCAUCGAUGAAGCUGCACGACAACACAAGAAGGAACUUCUGCAAACUCUGGAGCCCUUACAGAAGAAGUUAAUGGAUUCCGAAAAAGCUAAAAUGACGUGUGAACAAACAGCACAACACAUGAAGGUCCAGGCCCGACGCACAAAGAGGCAGAUUAAGGAGCAGUUUAAGAAGCUUCACCAGUUUCUAGAAGAGGAAGAGGAGGCCAGGAUGGCUGCACUGAGGGAGGAAGAGGAGCAGAAGAGUCAGAUGAUGAAGGAGAAGAUGGAGGCUCUGAGCAGAGAGAUAGCAGCUCUUUCAGACACAGUCAGAGCCACAGAGGACGAGCUGAGAGCUGAAGACGUCUCAUUCCUGCUCAACUACAAGGCUGCAGUGGACAGAGUCCAGCAGCGCCCCCUGCUGGAUGAUCAACAGCUGCUCUCAGGAGCUCUGAUAGACGAGGCCAAACACCUGGGCAACCUGACCUUCAACAUCUGGAACAAGAUGAAGGACGUGGUCUCCUACACUCCUGUGAUCCUGGACCCAAACACUGCUCAUCCAGACCUCAUCCUGUUUGAAGAUCUGACCAGUGUGAUAGUGGGAAAGAAACAGCAGCUUCCUGAUAAUCCAGAGAGGAUUGAUGGUUACUGGUCUGUCCUGGGCUCUGAGGGCUUUAACUCAGGGACUCACAGCUGGGACGUCGAGGUUGGAGACAGUAGAUUUUGGUUACUGGGUGUGUUAGCAGAGUCUGUCCAGAGGAAGGAAGACAUACUGUCUGGAUUAUGGAGAAUAUGGUUCUAUGGUGGUGAAUACAGAGUAUUCUCCCCAUCAGGUUCAAUCACUGAUCUCCUAGUGAAGAAGAGGCUCCAGCAAAUCAGAGUGAUUUUGGACUUUAACAGUGGAAAGCUGUUGUUCUCUGAUCCUGAUACUAACACACACAUACACACCUUCACACACACUUUCACUGAGAGGAUGUUUCCAUACUUUAACACUCAGCGUAACUGCCCACUGAAGAUUUUACCAGUGAAGGUCUCUGUGACUGCAGAGCAGCAAAAGUAG